GGAUGCCGGGACUUGUAGAGAACCAGUCAGGGGGCAAAGGGCGAGUUUGUGGGGGCUGCAAAGCCCCCACGAACUCGCUCGGGGCUCCGCCUCUUGUGAUAGGAAGCGUCUGUUAAAUAGUCCCGGCCAUUCAGCGCUUCCGCCUAACUUGUCGCAAAGUUUUUCUAGAGAAGUCAGUCCUUUGACUCGGCGCUCUAGCAGCCUGCCAGAGCUAAUCUUCAGCGUUUUAGGCUGGGCUUGCUUUACGUCGGGGCUUUUUGAACUCCGCACUCUCCCACAGUCCAGGAGCUGGAGCGGGAACGCGGCUCAGUGUGCCUCCGCGCGCCCGAGGGGUAGCCGAGCCCCGGAGGAAGGGGCGGAUCGGGCGCGGUGUUUGGGACGGAGCGGGGCGCGCGGCGCUCGAAGCACUUACUCGGCGCGUUCCGGGACUGGUGGAGACUGCAUGGGUGCCCCUCAGACCGCACCCUUCGAGCUGUAGGUUCGCAGGCCCAAGGCAGCCCGACUCGACGGCUCCCCAUUGUGGGUUCAGUUUGUGGUCUUUGGAGCUCUUUUUUUUUUCUUCCAGAUAUUCUCACCUCUCUGGCGCGCGUUCCCUUCUCCAGAGUUGGCCAAGGGCGCUCUUCCGUGCAGACCCCAACCACACCCAGUGGCAGAUGGAUUUCUUUGUAACUGGCUUUCUUACUCGUAGGGUCCAUUUUGACUCUGUUCUUAACAUAAUGGUCCUCAUUGUCAAGUAGACAGUCUUCUUAGAAGACUAUGGUAAUUGAAAAUAUAUAAGGUGACUGUAUAUAAGGUAAAUGUUGUAACUCUUAAGUAGACCUAUGAAGCAGAUACGGUAGCUUUAAGGGUCUGAGUGCAAAAAUUAAGGUUCAGGUUUUUUUUAAGGUUUAAAUUUGGGAGCAUUUAGCGUUUGUGAGCUAUUAGCGAAAACAUUUGUUGGGUAUGUUUGGCUAUAAAAACUUAAAACUGUAGAAAAAUAAAUUAAGUCAGUGUUUAAAGAAUACAUAAUAAUAUUGAACUUUACACGGUUGUCACAGUGAUGAAACAUGCCACCAAACUGUAUAUCAGGGAGAGAAUUUUCUUAACUUUGAGCGUCUAUGUUUUGGGCUUAGUGUAUUGAUAAGGUUGAAUUGUUUUUCAAGCAGGAAGGGAUCUGACUUCAGUGUAUUCUAAAGUUUUUGUCUUCAAGUUGAACAUUUAGCAACCACUUAAAUUGAUUCAAUGAGAUACCCUAACGUCUUUCAGAGUUUAACUGCAGAACAGUUGAAAUGGAUUCAUUAUCUUUCAGCAAAACAGAAUUUUCUUGAAAUUCAAUAAGACAUUGCCUUCUGUUAACAUUUUCAGGGGGUUAGCAUUUCACGAGGACGAUAAGCAUAGUAGACCACGUUGAUUUUUGUUAAAAUUCUUGUAAAUACAAGUUCCAGAUUUAGAAAAUUAAUAAGAGUGUGGAGAAGGAGAAAAUGUAGCUAUCAAACCUGUUUUGCAUGUCCAACUUUUUCUUAAUUGUUGCCAUGGAAGUAAGUAUAAAUAUCAGUUCAGAACGUUUUAUGUCUUUUUAGGGAAGGAUAAAAGGACAGCAACCAGAGUAAAUAAUCUGCUUUGCACAUUGAUAAUGUAUGAGCUUUUAAAUGCUUGAGAUUUUUAUCAUCACACUUCAGAUCCUCUCCUGUCCUCUUUGGUAGCAGUAGCAGUAUGGUGUAUUGUGAUCCCCAAAGUGUUUAUAUCUUGAAACAUUCCAGAUGAGAUAUAUUUUAGAAUAAGUCUGCAAUUUGCCUUUGCUCUUUUAAUUGACUUUUAUUGUUUACUUUUCUGUUUGUAAUUGUUCAUGUUCAAGCAUUGUGUACUGUAGAUCACCUAAUACAACUUUUUUUUUUAGUGGUGAAAGAAUUGGACCUUUCCCAGUUUCCUUCAGUGAUGCUACUAAAAGUUUUUGGCAAAACACUAUAAACAAAAGAAAAGACUUAAAGUUGAAAAUUUUCUUAAUUAUCUUAUCCCAGAUAUCAUCUCUUCUUUUGAUCACUGUUCCUGAUUGUGGCUUUAUCCAAGCAUUAAAUUGUGUGCCUUUUGUUCCUUGAAGAAAGAGCUGGUGCUAGCAACUCUCAAUCCCGUCUCGUCUCUGGACCCAGCUCAAAGCUCUGGAUUUGUUUCCUUCCCAUACCUGAGCUGGAGCCUUCUGUCACCCCAAAGUGCUUCAUGCAGUCUUCCUCUCAAGCCCUCACUUCUCUCCCAAGAUGAGAAAACUGAGGUGCAGAGAAGUCAAACCUUGCCCAGUGUCACAGAGCAGAGCCGAAAGUAACGCUUGUAUUUCCUGAGGUCCAGAUUAGUAUUAUUUCUACUUCAGACUAUUACUUUUUGGUGAGUUAAUGUGGGGAAAAUCCUGGUAUUCUGAAGAUGUUGCGGCACAGUAUUGUUUCCUGUUCAAAUUACAAGUAACUUCAAGAAUUUUCAGGAAAAAAAGAAUUGGGAUUGUUUUGUUUUGUUAUUAAAUCAUGCCAUCUGAACAGAAACAUUUAUUUUUUGAUGAAAAACAAAAUACUUUAAAAAAAGAUUAUGACGUGAAAAAUGAGGUAGUUGAUAGUCUCAGAUCAAAAACUUCGGAACCAAAAUUUCAGAACCAACUUAAACCAAACAUUUCAGAAAGUAGUUUUCAUUAUGGACUAAAAAAUGUGAAAAUUGUUUUGCCGAAGAUAAAUAUUCCAAAUGAAGUCCUAUUGAAACAUGAAGUUGACAAAUACAGAAAAUUAUUUCAGCAUAAGCCACAGACUGCAAGAAAAUCUAUCAAUGUAAAGACUGUAAGCUCUGUGGAAGAGUGUAUGUUGCUUCAUCAGUCUGAGAGAGUUGACGAAGGUAUAAAAAUGUCUGCAAAAAUACUCAAUUUCAAUUGUUUAAAGUGCCGAGAUAGCACUCGGUAUAGCCCAAAUGAUUUGCAGAAACACUUUCAAAUGUGGCACCAUGGUGAAUUACCUUCCUAUCCUUGUGAGAUGUGCAGUUUUUCAGCAAAUGACUUCCAGGUAUUUAAACAACAUAGACGGACUCAUAGAAUCACGUUAGUAAAAUGUGACAUUUGUAACAACGAGAAUUUAUAUACUUUAUUAGACUUAACAAAGCAUUUUUCAUCCACACAUUGUGUAAAUGGUACUUUUCAGUGUGAAAAGUGUGAGUUCUCCACCCAGGAUGUUGGCACAUUUGUUCAGCAUAUCCACAGACACAACGAAAUCCUUUAUAAGUGUGGUAAAUGCCAUUAUAUAUGUCUAACCAAAGGAGAGCUUCAGAAGCACCUUUAUAUUCAUUCUGGUACCUUUCCCUUCACUUGUCAAUAUUGUAGCUAUGGUGCUACCAGGAGAGAGCACCUUGUAAGACAUGUUAUAACUUUGCACAAAGAACAUUUAUAUGCGAAAGAAAAACUGGAAAAGGACAAAUAUGAAAAAAGGAUGGCGAAGUCUUCUGCAGGACUUAAACUAAUACUGAAAAGAUACAAAAUAGGUGCAUCAAGGAAGACAUUCUGGAAACGCAAGAAAGUCAACAAUGCAAGUGACAGAAGUAUAGAAAAAAAUACUCAAGUGCUUAAAAAAGUGAACAGAACACAGGCUACAUCUGAAGACCCAAGCCAUCUUGUUCAGGAACAUUUAAGUGAAGAAAAGCAUGAAAGACUAUACUGUGAGAAUAAUGAUAAACCUGCUGAGUCAGAGUCAGAAAAACCAACUCUUCUGUCCACUGGACAAUGUAAUGGAGCUCAAGAGGGAUCAAAUUCUGCUUCAAGUUUCUUGAAGACUGCUGUACAAGGACCUACAGUGUUAAUGAUAAAAAACAACAGAAUAACAAUUCCUGCUAACUACAGUGCUAAGUUUAUGGGCUUCAAGAUGGUGGAUGGAAAACAGCAUAUUGUAAUAAAACUGUUGCCUACCAGUAAACAGAAUUUAUAUUUACCAGGCUCACAGUCAGGUGCUGCAAGGGAAAGUACUGCAGUUAUGCAGCCCCAGACUUUGGAUACCACUGCAUUUUUAACAGGAGUACCAACUGAGUUAAAUGACACAGUUUGCAUGAAAGCAGCUCCUUCAUUUUCAUCUUCAUCUCCUGUACUUUCAGGGAAAGUAAUUUCAGAAAAAGAAAUGGCUUUGCUAUCUCAGACAAGUAAUAAUAUUCCAGCAGUGGAUGAUGAAAAAGGUGUAUCUCCUUCACCAGUAGAGUCAGACUUGAUUACAGCAUCAGUGAAUUUGACCACAAAAGUAGAAACAAGAGAUAAUGUUGACUUAUGGGGCAGUCAUAUUACUCAAUGUCACCCUGAGGUGUUAGGUACUACAGUUAAAAGUCCAGAUAAAGUCAGAUGUACUGCCAAACCAAAUUCAUACAACAGUGGAGAUAUGCAUAAUUAUUGCAUUAAUUAUAUCAACUCUGAGUUACCUGUUGAAUCUUCCAGUCAAGGAUCAUUACCUUUUCAUAAUUACUCAAAAGUGAAUAAUUCUAAUAAACGUCGUAGGUUUUCAGGAACAGCAAUGUGUGAAAACCCUCAAAGAGAAUCUUCAUCCAGCAAGACAGUUUUAACUGAGUCAGUUUUAUCACUAGUGAGGAAGGAGAGCUCAAACCCAGAUAGCCUGUUAGCAUCUAUUAGUCUUUUAAAUAGUAAAGAUGGAACUUUAAAAACACAAGCUGAAAUAGAAGAACAGUGUGUUUUAGAAAAAGGACAGAACGUUGAUGGACAAAACCUAUACACUAAUGAAAAUAAAAGUUUAGAGAGCAUGACUGAAAAGCCUAAAUGGGAUGGCAUUUCUAAUGUUGAGUCACCUAUGAUGCCUAGGAUCACAUCUGUUUUCUCACUCCAGAGCCAGCAGGCAUCAGAAUUUUUGCCACCUGAACUAAACCAGUUACUACUAGAUGUAUUAAAAGCAAAACCUGAUGUAAAACAAGACUCUAGUAACAGUCCAGAUAAAGAUGUUCCACUUCAGUGUGCCCAGUCUUUUCAGGAACAUGGGGGAGAAAACAAAAUAGUUGAAUCUUCAAAAGACUUGAAAGUACGAGGCCUUUUCCCGAUUCCAUCUGGUAGUAUGGGAACUAAUAUGCCUACAAAUGAUCUGAAUUUAAACUGUAGUGGAAAAGAAAAGCAAAUGCUGUCACAGGAUGUGAGAGAUUCAGAGAAGACCCCUAGAAGUUAUGGUUUUGGCACAUUGCCUAAGACUCAGUCAGAUGCAAUAAUUACACAGCAGCUCGUAAAAGACAAACUACGAGCCACAACACAUUCUUUAUAUGUGCAUAAUCCACUAAAUUCAGAACCAAGAAAGGCUAUAUUUGUUCAGACUCCAAAAGGCUUUUUUGUACCCUUGCACUUUGCUAGUAACCCUGGAUUACAUGUUUCAAGAAGACCAUUGGUUAAUACACAAGGUAUCCCUGCCCCUCUCCUUUUAAACAAGAAACCGGGAAUGAUUUUAACAUUUAAUAAUGGGAAACUUGAAGGUGUUUCUGCUGUCAAAACUGAGAGUGCUCAAGCUUGUGGAACUACAACUAAGGAACCUUGCAGAGCACCUUUCUUAAAAGUAGAACCAAACAGUAAUUGUCUGACCCCUGCACUUUGUUCCAGCAUUGGCAGCUGUGUGAGCAUGAAAAGUAGCCCAGAAAAUACUUUGUCAUUAAAAGGCCCUUAUAUUAUUAAAACGCCAGCAAAUUCUUCAGUGAAAGCUGUUCCUACUCAUAAUAUAAUUCCUGAGCAUCAGGGCACUAAGUUGAAUAUCUCCACUUCAAUAAAACCACAGAACAAGAUUUUUCCAAAACCACCUCUUUAUACCUUUUUGCCUGAUGGCAAACAAGCUGUUUUUUUAAAGUGUGUGAUGCCAAAUAAGACUGAGCUGCUUAAACCUAAAUUAGUCCAAAAUAGUACUUGCUUGAAAAAUAUACAGCCAAAGAAACCUGAAGGAACACCACAAAAAAUAUUGCUGAAAAUUUUUAACCCUGUUUUAAAUGUGACUGCUGCUAGUAAUCUGUCAGUAAGCAACACUGGAUCCUCAUUGCAGAAAGACAGUGUACCAUCUAACCAGACUACAGGACAGCAGAAAGAGCCAGAAUCUUCUAGAGAUGCCUUACCUUUCUUACUAGAUGAUAUGAUGCCAGCAAACGAAAUUGUGAUAACUUCUACUGCAACAUGCCCAGAAUCUUCUGAGGAGCCAAUAUGUAUCAGCAACCAUUCAGAUGCCAGGGUAUUAAGGUGUAAAACAAAUUGUACAAUUGAGAGAAACUUCAAUAAGAAAAAGACUUCGAAAAGAAAAGUUUCAAGAAUAAAAAGUCAUGUAAGAAGUCAGGAUUCUGAAACUGCCUUUGUAUCUAGAAACAGAAACUGUAAACGCAAGUGUAGAGAUAGUUACCAAGAACCUCCAAGAAAAAAAGCCUUACACAGAAAGUGUAAAGAAAAAGCAAAGCCUGAAAGUAUCCCUGAAUCAUUUGAAUUCAACAGACCUAGGCUUUCAAAAGAUACAGUCAGAACUCUGCGGCUUUUCCCCUUUAGUUCCAAACAGCUUGUGAAAUGUCCUAGGAGAAACCAACCAGUUGUAGUUUUGAAUCAUCCUGAUGCAGAUUCCCCAGAAGUAGUAAAUGUAAUGAAAACUGUUGCUAAAUUUAAUGGACGUGUUCUUAAGGUUUCAUUGUCGAAAAGAACUAUCGAUGCUUUACUGAAGCCGGUUUGUUGUAACCCUUCUGAAAUAACUUACGACGAUUUUCCUAAGAGGCACAAAACAUUUAAACCUGUUAGUUCUGUGAAGGAAAGAUUUGUGCUAAAGUUAACUCUCAAAAAGACAAGCAAAAACAAUUAUCAGAUUGUGAAAACUACCUCUGAAAAUAUUCUGAAAGCUAAAUUUAACUGUUGGUUUUGUGGUAGAGUGUUUGACAAUCAGGAUGCUUGGGCUGGUCAUGGACAGAGGCAUUUAAUGGAAGCUACUCGUGAUUGGAACAUGUUAGAAUGAUUACCAAGGAAAAGUAAAAUUACCUUACAAGAAAAUAGUGAGUUGGGUUACUCCAUGCAGACAUUUUUUACUUCAAUAUAGCACCAAAGUUAAACAUUUAAAAGUUAGCUGUAUUUCAUGGAUGAGCAAAAGUUUCAGUGUUGCAUUUGAAAAUGCACAUUAGUUGCAUCAGUGCACAUUAGUUUUGAAAGAAACUAAUCACAGAUUUACUUUGAUUUAAUUUUUUUAAAUAUGUGUUUUUGGGAAGUUAAGGCUAAAGAAAACUAUGAUGAAACAGUUUUCCCAGUUUAGUGACUGUUAGUAAAGAGAGUAGCAGCUGACAGCCCCAUUCCCUCUCUUCCACUAUCCUUAUGAAUCUUGAUAACUAUAGCUCCUCUGAAAAGGUUGAGAGCUCUUUCACUAAGCAACCGAAGGAGUUUCUCGUCAUUCAUGAAGAUACUCUAAGAGAGCUUAGGUAAAGAACUUACUCUCCUGCAAGAUGUAGUUCUUUUGAAGGUAACUAGGCUCCAUUGAGAGUACAUUUAACUCACUACAAUUACACCUCAUAUGAUGGUUGGUAAAAGUUUUUGAUGAGUAGGUCUUUUUUCCUUGUAAGCUGUCUGGCUCAUCAUUGAGUGGAACACCUUUCCAAGGAGAUUUUCUAAAUGGCUCUCGUGUUGCAGUAGAUGGGCAGUCUUGAGAGAAGAAUUAAUCUCUCCAUCUAGUUUGAAGUUCAUUUAAAGAACUUAAAUAUUUUUCUGAAUUUGAUUAUACUCACCCUGCAUUCCUUUUAUUUAAGUUGUUUGUUCCAUCAUAAACCAAGUGGCCAAUUUUUUUCUUGGUUGCCAUCCCUUUAAAAAGAGUGAAACGUAGAAGCACUUCCAAGGGAAUGGCUUUUCUCGAAAAUUAAAAAUUACUCCUCAGAAACAAUAUUUUGAAGCAAGAUUAACAAAGUGAAUCAUACUUUUGUGUUUAUUAUUAGUGUCUGAAUAUGUCCAGUUGGGACAAACCAUUUUUUGUUAGCAACGUUUCAGUAUGACUGACAACCCAAAGCAGAUUAUGUACUGGUUGUUUGCAGUUGGAAAUGAAGAAGCAUUAAUAGUGGACUCAGUGACAAUGCAUAAAACUUCAGGACAGAUUCUGAAGGGAUAUGCCCAACAGGUAGAAUUUUAAAAAGGAAUGUUUCCAUGACAACAGAAUCAUUGAUUUAAACUUCUCACUUUGUAAGUUUGGGUCAAAUUUUGUUGGAUCAUUGGGUAAUGGGGUUCUUAUAUUAAAAAAUUACUAUAUAAUUUUUGUUACAUUGUUACUACAAGUGUUAUGAUGUUUUUCAUUGAUUGAAUGAAAACUUCAGGGCUUCUCUUCUGUAUAUAACAAAGAAUUUAAACCUGUACAUAUUUUUGUACCUUUCAGUUAUGUAAAUUUUGCACAGAAAGUUUUUGAGAUAAAAAGUUUAUUUUCUUUCAAUUUAGUUCUGUGCAUGCACUAAUAAAACUCAUUGUUUAAUUUAAAAGGA